AUGUUGAUGCCCGUACUAGGAUUAUCGGGAAAUGCAGUGGGCGAUGGGCAAACUGCGCAUCCCAAACGAAUAGCGAGACCUUGGCCUCUAUCAUGGCUCCCAUUACCGAUCAUCUUCACCGUCGACAAGUUCGUUAAAAAAGGCUACGAAGAGGUUAUCAAGAAGAGAGAUGAGCCAUUUACUAUGCGGUGGUGGGGGUUGGAUUACAUCUUCAUGCCGCCAAAGUAUUUGCACGAUCUGAAGAAGGCCCGUUUUGAGGACCUCAGCUUUUUCGAGAACAUCAGCUACGCCUUUAGCCUGCACGCAUCGGCAGAGGAUAUUUAUUCUUCGACCAUCAUGAUUGAUGUCGUGAAGAAGAAGUUGAAUCCUAAAUUGCCAAGUCUGGUUCCAGUUCUUGCGGAAGAGACGGACUACGCGUUUGAGAAAGUGUUUGAAAAUGCAGGAGACUGGACAGAAUUCAAUACAGCAAAGAUGUCUGCAGAGCUGAUGCAACGGACGACAUGCGCUGUGCUCCUUUCGAGAGAGUUAUGCAGGUACGACGCAUUUAUCAAGAAGUCUCUGGCUUUUGGGGAAAGUCUCUUUGGUAAUGCCGUUCUCCAAACUCUGGUUGGCGGAGGACCCAUCAGAGAUCGUUUGGUCUAUGUUGCCUCCUAUCUCCACAGGCGCAAGCUAAACCGACUUCUGGACAUGGUUGCGCCUGUAGUUCAGAAGAGAAUUGAAGAGCGUCGUGGAGCAAAGCCUAUCGUUGAUGUGGACGCUAUCGAUUGGAACAUCGAGCUUGCGGACGGCAAUCCAAAAGAAUUCAAUGCAAGACGCAUAGCCAAUCAACUAAUACACAACCUCUUUGCUGGAACAGGUGCUCCUGCGAGCGUGGUAACGCAAAUCCUGUUCCAGCUACUCAUGGAGCCUGAAUAUCUUGAACCGCUCCAACAAGAAGUAACGAGUGCCUUCGAGACGUAUGGUAAGACAGAGAAAGCGCUCAACAACAUGCCACUGAUGGAAAGCUUCAUCAUGGAAAUCUUGAGGUUACAACCUCCAGGCUGCGUGACUGCCGCAAGAACAGUUAUGAACAAGUCUUUCCAGUUUCAUGACGGCCUCCAGCUUCCUGCUGGAACCAGGAUAGCAUUCCCGAUCCUCGCCAUCCAGACAGACCCAGAUAAUAUUGAAGAGGCAGCGAAAUUCGACGGAAAACGCCUUUUGAAGGCAAAGUCCGCAGACAAUGCCUCGGCUGCAACUGUCUCUAUGACUAAUCUGGCAUUUGGAUAUGGAAAGCAUGCUUGCGUCGGGCGUUAUUAUACCAUCCGUAAGAUUAAGCUGAUCGUCGCAAAGAUGAUCACGGAGUAUGAAUUCAAAUGGGCAAAGCCGAUUGAAAAUCGGCCAGCAAAUUUCCCAAUCAUGGGCCAAUUCGCGCCGAAUCUCGAGACAACAGUUCUCGUAAGGAGGCUGACUUCAGGCCUAGCCUGAUCCGUCCGAGAAUGGAUUACGGAGUUAGGAAAAUGAACCGAUUUCACCU